AUGUUUUCUUUUUUUACAGUUCAAUCAGAUGAACCCAUUCUUUCAAACAACUCGCUUCGACUGAAGACCUCUAAUUCAGACUAUAAUCUAUCCACUGCAGCAGAUGUAUCUUCCAGCGAUGUGGGAAUUCCCAUUUUUAGAUCGCGAAGUGCCGAAGAGACUGAAGCAGCUCAUGAUUUACUUUCUCUAUCUCAAAGUUUACCACCUUUACCCUCGCCCAGUGUGGUUAUGAUACAUCAUACGAUUCCAACUGAAGAUAAUCCACCUUCUCCUAGUCAUUGCUAUAAACCACUAUCCCCCGACGAAAAAAACACUACAAUUCCCCACCACAGGGAAACCACCAAUCAAGACCAAGCUGGAAAAUGCUCAAGGGACCAAUCAGAUAAUCACCUCAAUUCCUACUCAAAUAUACAUCAAUCAGGCCAAAACAACUCCAACAGUGUCGUGGUUCAACGUAGAGAACCAGUUAUUGUGGAAACGUCUACGGGAAUACCGACUUCGGUAGUAGUGAGUAAUACGCAGAAUUACUCGCCGAAUCAAGAUACGCAGAAUGUGUUGUACGUGGUACAGGUUCAAAACGAGCAGCAAGCUGAAAUUUGUAUACCUAGAGAAGAAGUCAGCUCAGUGAAUGGAGUAAGUCUGGACACCAAAAAACCAAAGAUAUUUAUCCAAAAAGAUGUUCUACUUACAUCCAGACAACAUCAACUACCUGAAACAGCAGUAACCUUGGAAGAUUCCGGCGAUCUUAUAAUUUUACCAUUAUCACCUGAGCCCGAUAUUCCACUAGGACCAAAAGAGUAUAUCUCAGAAACUGGUACUCAUAAACCUCCACAACUUACUGUAGGCGGAAGGAUCUCUAAUUUAGAUGUAACAUAUAACUCUGAAAUAGAUCAAAGAGAAUCAGGAUGGACGCAUUUGAAGAAAGGCGUUAAAAGAACUUCUUCAAGAGUUUCUUCUAAUUCUGAGUCAGAAGACACAAUCAUUGAUAUCGACAAUAUUACUCAAAAUAGUUCUUUAUGUGAAAAUGAUGGUCAAAAUGAGAGUUUUGAAGGUUCAACAUUUUUGCAAACGGUAUCGAAUAAAAAUACUGCUUUGUUAAUGGAUAUACCAGACAGAAGGAGAAAAAGGGCUAAAACUACUGAUAACUCUAUAAAAACUAAAAAUGAUUAUGACGAAGAAGCAUACCAAGUUAACAACACUACCAAAGAAAAUAUUACAGAUUCCAGUCCAACCACUAAUAGCAGUAAAACUAAAUUUUACAAGGUUAUAGAAGAAGAUAUUGAAGAUGAUAUUGAUCCACCUGAAUCAGAUAAGUCAACGAAAUUCAUAUGUAAUGAGUGUGGAAAAUGUUAUGCUACGUCAAGUAAUCUCUCAAGGCAUAAACAAACUCACAGGAGUUUGGACUCAAAAUCAGCCAAAAAAUGCAAAACGUGUGGUAAGGCCUACGUUUCAAUGCCGGCUCUAGCAAUGCACCUGCUCACCCAUAAACUUUCACACGCCUGUGGAAUUUGCGGCAAGCAAUUUUCCAGGCCCUGGCUACUUCAGGGCCAUCUUAGAUCUCACACCGGUGAAAAACCGUACGGCUGUGCUCAUUGUGGAAAAGCAUUCGCAGAUAGGUCCAACUUAAGAGCCCACAUGCAAACUCAUUCGAAUGAAAAGAGAUUCGAAUGCCCCAAUUGUUACAAAACUUUUGCUCUAAAAUCAUACUUAAACAAACAUUUAGAAGCAACGUGCAUUCAUUGGGCUAGUCCAGUCAAUGCACAGAAAUCUCGCAAAGAUUCUGUUAAAAAGAACGCAGAAACUCAAACUAUUACUGUCGAUGAUACAACAUUUUCAAUAAUAGUUGAUUAAAAGUUUUAAAAAAAUCAAAACAACAUUUUGUUACUUUACCAUUACCAUAUACGGACAUAGUUUACAUUCAUCUAAAUAAAAAACGUUAUUUAAUUUCAAAUUUUUGCUCAAAAAGGUUAUAUUAAACAUGUUCAACUUUAUUAAAUUAUGUUCACUUGAUAUAGCUUUGCGUGCUUAGUCAAGUCAAAGGGCAGA